AUUAAAAUAGAGCGAAAGUAAACAAACAUGACAUCUCAAGCUCAUCUGUCCAGUGGCCGUGUAAAUAUUUCAUUAUUACGAGAUGAUGCUCGGAGAUUGUUAUUAGAUUCUCUCGACAAAUGCCCUGGAACUAAGGCUUUAUUUUGGGAUGAAAAAUUGAGUGGACCAUUUGGCCUGAUAGCUGAAUAUGUUUUACUACAGGAACAUGAAGUUACUAAAAUGUUCCAGUUACAACCCAACAGAUUUCCGGCUGUUGAUGCUCAAAAUAUUAUAUUUAUUGUUCGUCCAAAGUUAGCUCUUAUGGAUAUAAUAGCUGAUUAUAUUUUAAAAGUUGAAAGCAUGAGAGCUCCUAAGAAAGAAUUUCAUAUUUUCUUUGUGCCUAGAAAAAAUGAACUUUGCCAAGAAAGACUUAAGGAACGAAGAGUUUGGGGAAAUUUUACCAAUAAAAUUGAGUAUACUGUAGAGUUGUUUCCUGUUGAUUGUGAUGUUUUAUCUAUGGAGCUAGAAACAUCAUUUAAAGAAUGCUAUAUUGAUAAUGAUUUGACAAGCAUGCAUUAUGUUGCCAAAGCUCUGAUGACUGUACAAGCUGUGUAUGGUAUUAUCCCAAACAUAUAUGGAAAAGGGAAAUGUGCAAAGCACGUUUUUGACUUGAUGACAAGAAUGAGACGAGAAUUAUCAGGAAAUGACCCUCAGGUUACUCCUCAAAUUGAUUGUUUAUUAUUGUUGGAUCGUGCUGUAGAUCUUGUGUCUGUCCUUGCAACUCAGUUGACAUAUGAAGGCUUAUUAGAUGAAAUUUUUGGAAUAAACAAUAAUACAAUAGAGCUGCCUCCUGAAAAAUUUUCAAAAUCAAAUGAAGGAGGUUUACAGGAAAUGCCUACCGAGCCAAAACGUUUUCUUUUGAAUUCAAGUGAAGAAUUAUUUGCUGAAUUAAGGGAUAAAAAUUUCAAUGCUGUAGGACCUACACUGAGUCGAAAAGCAAAAGUUUUAUCUGCUCAGUUUGAUGAGAGGCAUGGAGCUAAGACCAUUGAUGCUAUCAAGCAAUUUGUUGAAAAAUUGCCUCAUAUGCAAGCUGCUAAAAAGUCUCUAGCUACACAUACUUCCAUGGCUGAAUUGGUAAAAGAAGUAACUGAUUCAGAAACAUUUUUAAACUCUUUGCAAACAGAGCAAGAAUUCAUAAAUGGACUUGAAACUGACAAAACUAAUGCUCACAUAGAAGACUGCAUUGCAAAAGAAGAACCUCUUAUUAAAGUUUUGAGAUUGAUAUGCUUACAAUCCCUCGCAAACAAUGGUCUGAAGCCUAAACAAUUGGAUUAUUAUAAACGAGAAAUAAUUCAAACUUAUGGUUAUCAACAUUGUCUUACACUUAAUAAUUUAGAGAAAGCUGACCUGUUAAAAGUACAGGGAGCAAGAACAUAUUCUAUCAUUAGGAAAACUUUACGAUUGACUGUUGAUGAUGUGAACGAACAGUCACCAACAGAUAUAUCUUAUGUGCAUAGUGGAUAUGCUCCUUUAAGUGUUCGUCUUGCACAGUUCUUAACACAACCAGGAUGGCGAGCAAUACCUGAUGUGCUGAAUAUUUUGCCAGGACCUACUGUUGAAGGUAUUCAAAAGAUUCCUAGGGGGCUGCGUAAGAGACGUGGCUCAGGCUCUUCAAUUCAAUCUAGUACUGAAGAACAAAAAGUUACACUAGUCUUUUUCCUUGGAGGUGUUACUUAUGCUGAAAUUUCAGCGUUACGUUUUCUUUCUCAACAAGAUGAUGCUCCAAUGGAAUACAUUGUAGCUACAACGAAACUUGUGAAUGGAAGGACAUUUUUGGAAAACUUGCAAGAGGUCUUAAAGUUUCCAAGCUAAAUUGUUUUGGAUUAUGUUGAUGUAUAUAAAUAUUUGAAUUAAAGUUUCAUACAUUUUGCCAUAUAGAAAAACAAACAAACUAUUCUAUACAUUUAAAGACUGCUAAUUCUUAUUCUAUUUUUUCUAUAAUUACUGAAAUGUUGUUUUAUUUAAUAAAAUUUACAUUCCAUUUU